GCGGCGCCCCCGCUGCGGCCGGAGCGGCCUGGCUUCGGGAUCCGUGCGCAGCGAUGGCACUGCCGCCCCGGCAGCGCCCGGGGGCCUGGGUGCCGCUGGUCUUGCUGCUGUUGGCCGGGCCCGCCACCUGCGCCGCCAGCCCCGCGGACGACGGCGCGGGCCCUGGGGGCCGGGGACCCCGGGGCCGAGCGCGGGGGGACGCCGGUGCAGACGAGGCGGUGCCGCGCCACGACUCCUCCUACGGCACCUUCGCCGGGGAGUUCUACGACCUGCGCUACCUGUCCGAGGAGGGUUACCCUUUCCCUACUGCUCCUCCCGUGGAUCCAUUUGCCAAAAUCAAAGUGGAUGACUGUGGAAAAACUAAGGGAUGCUUUAGAUAUGGCAAACCGGGCUGUAAUGCAGAGACUUGUGACUACUUCCUUAGCUACCGGAUGAUAGGGGCUGAUGUGGAAUUUGAACUGAGCGCUGACACAGAUGGUUGGGUAGCAGUUGGAUUCUCUUCAGACAAGAAAAUGGGUGGUGAUGACGUCAUGGCCUGUGUCCAUGAUGACAAUGGCAGGGUCCGCAUACAGCACUUCUAUAAUGUAGGCCAGUGGGCAAAAGAGAUUCAGAGAAACCCUGCCAGAGAUGAAGAAGGAGUCUUUGAAAACAAUCGGGUCACCUGCAGAUUUAAACGCCCUGUGAACGUUCCCAGAGAUGAAACAAUUGUCGAUCUGCAUUUGAGUUGGUAUUAUCUGUUUGCUUGGGGUCCAGCCAUUCAGGGCUCUAUCACCCGACAUGAUAUAGACUCACCACCGACUUCAGAGCGUGUUGUCAGUAUUUACAAGUAUGAAGACAUUUUUAUGCCAUCGGCUGCCUAUCAAACCUUCUCUUCUCCAUUUUGUUUGCUUCUCAUUGUUGCCCUGACCUUCUACCUGUUGAUGGGAACUCCUUAACCACAGCUGCAAAGCCAACAUAUUAAAUGGAUUAGAAAGUCUUAGUAUAAUAUAUUUCUAAAGAGUAUGCAGUAUAAUUUUAGUUUUUAUUAUUUAAAAAAAGACUUCUAUGAUUUCAGCUUUUUGGAGGAAAGAGCAAGCUUCUUUUCUAAUCAAAGAAGAUUGUUUAAUAUUGAUCCCAUACUUUUGGAAAGUAGUUACUUAAAAUUUUUCUAAGCACUUUCAAAUGUGUUUUCUUAUUUCAGCUUUCAUACCAUCUCUGAGUUGGCUUGAUGAAACUUAUUAGUGCCAGCAUAUUCAAUGAGAUUUGAAGUUGAAGAAAGCUGCCUUUUUGGUGACACCCAUGCCAUGUGGCCUUGGCUACUUGGUCAGAUAACACAUAACAAGGUAGAGAAAGAGCUGGGCACAGGGUCUCUAAACAACCUUUACUCUUCCGACUACAGCUCAAUAGAGUUACCUGAAGCAUUACUAAAGAGAACUUCACUGGAUGGUCCUGGUUCACGACCAGCCUUUUGGGCAGAAGAAGUUUCAAAUUUCCAUAAAUGUGUUUGGAUAUUUAUACAGCUGAUGGGGAGAAAGGGAAAGGUUACAAUGAUAAGAAAAUGGUUCGUAUUUACUUGCAAUUUCUUCUCAAUCAGUGAGUAGUUACAAGAAAAUAUUUUUAUUGCUGUUUGGAAAGGUUAGAAAAGGAACUGUGAGUGUACCUGAAGAUGUACAACUAUAUUAAUGAUAAAAAAAAAUAUGGGCAUUCUUAGUGAUUAGAAUUUGGACUCUUCUAUCCCUGUAUUUUAUAAAUUAAGGUUUUCAUCCGUGGUUACAGCUAAUUGUAUUGUCAACAGUUGACAUCCACUGGGUGUAUGAUUAAAUAUGUAUUAUAAUAGGCAAAGCAUCUUAAUAAAAAUGUAAGGCAUUUUGAAAAUAAAUCAACAUUUUUGAAGAUUGUGGAGAUUUGGAGUAGAAACUUUUUAAGAUGACAUUUUUCUUUAGAAAAUGGGAAAUGACCCCUAAAGUGAAUUCAUCUGGAGUUAUCCAUUCAAAGUAUUCAGACUUGUAAACUGGACCAGCAGUCAGCAUAAUUUAUAAUAAUUCCUAGACUUAAUGCAUUCUGUUUUUUCAGAGGAACCCAAAUGUUCCUUUGUUCCAAAUGUCUCUGCUAACAGCCCAUUCAGAGGAAAAGUGUCUAUGGAUAUAGUUAAUUGCUGAUGGAUUUGCAUUGUAGAGUUUUGGAGUCCUCUGGUUUGCAUCCCCACCCCUUGUUGCUUUAGAGCUGGCUCCAACUUUGUGGAUUUUGUGAUUAAACAAGACUGGAGACUGUGAUUUCUAAUGCCAUCCUUGGAAUUCACAUCAGGGUGAAAGUCCACCUGGGGAGAGAGCUUUCGAAUUCUGGAACUGUACAAAAAUAAGGAAAACAUCGAGAUUCUGUGGCAUGGUUUACCAGGUGCAUCCGAGGAAUGUAAGAGAAAUAAUCCUCUUGCAGAUGUAGAGAGAUUAAAUGACAUUUAGUGAGCGAAAGAGUUGGGUGUAGGCUUCAAACUCAGGUCAUCUCGUUCAAGUCUGUGGCUCCACCUCACUGUGAUUGCCUCGGACAGAACUAAGCCCUCUGCUUGCUUCCAGCUGAGGAUGGCCUGUGCACACCUUUUAAGUUGUAGCUGUUGUUUAGUAGUAAGGAUACGGAGUAGGCAGGCACCCACCUUGUAUAUAAGAAGGCAAAUAUUUUUAUACUUCAUGCUCAUGUAUAUAGUAUUUCGGCUAUAAAUAGAUUGAGACUAAAGAGAGACAGGCUAGCCUCUGUAGCAGGCAGGGAAUGAAUAAAUUAACGGAUUUUCCUUCUGCUUACAUUUCAAGUCAAGCUAAUUUUUCCACAAAUUAUUUUACUUUGAUGACCAGUUUUGCAUAUUUGUGCUUAGAACGUUCUCUGACUUCUUACUGCCACCAGGGUACAAUGCAAACCAUUUUUUUCUUUCUUUUUUUUUUUUUUUUUGCAAACCAUUUUGAUUACCUCCAAAAUCAUCUUUUGCUCUCACUCACCUCUCAUGGUGUUGCCUGUGCCCAGACAUCUUACACUUCUGUGCUUGCUGAACUCCUACUUAUGUUUCAUGUCACGGCUUCGAUUGUUCUUCCUCCACUCCCCUGGACUAGAUAGGUUUUGGUCCCCGCUGUGUGCUCCCACAGCACACUGGACUUCCCCAUCGUAUUACUCAUUGCACUUCAAACUCUUGCUCACCCUCCCUUGCUAGCUCCCUGGUGCAGGGACCAUUUCUUGUUCCUCAUCAUUGUAACAGGCACUGCUACACAGUAGGCACUCAGCAAACAUUGUUCAACAGAAUAAGUAAAUGACUGUACUUCUGUGCCAAGUUUGGUUGGUUCAGAGGCUUAUAUUUCGUAUACAGUGCCAAACUGGCCAGCCAACAUUUUUGUAUGCUCCCACUUGUGAUCAAACCGUAAACCAUUUCUUUAGCGAACACUGAACUUCUGAAACACAAAUAGGAAGAUGGUUACUAGCCAUGCUAUUUUAUCCUACAGCGAAACUUAGUGGAUAUUUUUAACAAUAAUGGUUGUUCACAAAUAAGAAUUCACAGACCAGGGAUGCGGAACGGCAUUGCACUGUCAUUUCACAGAAUCAUUAUAGGCACACUGAAAUUAAAAUUCUGUAGACUUCAAUUUCAUUUAUUCUUACCUAUUACAAAAAUAAAUUUCUAUUUUAUCUCUAUAUUCCCAUUUUCCAGCAUACUACUUGUCACAGGGGAGAUGCCUAACCAGUUUUUUUUAUAAAAUUCCUGAAGAGAAUAAUAACAGCUGAAUGUAUUUAGUGCUGUUCUAAGCACUUAAUGUGGAUUACCCCACAUUAUCCUACACAUUUAUUAAAUGGAACCCACUCUCCACACUCAAAUUAGGUAGGUGCUUUUUCCUCUCUUUACUGAUUCACAAUAAACAGGAGGACUUUUAUAGUUCUAUUUGGGGAAAGGGGUACGGUUUAUUUCAACUUCCUUCUUAAAAACAUUUAGUCUUUGUUUUAUCAUUUUAGUGCUUUUAAUAGUUUUUUUUUUUAUGUACAGAUUGGACAAUACUGGAAGAAUGUAUUUGUCUUAGUUAAUUUUUAGAAGUGAUUUACCUAAAACCUCAGGUCUUCUUGUUUGGAACCCAGUGCCCUUUUAUUGUGCCACUGUAGUCUCAAAGCUGAAUUUAUAACCAUGAUUUCAAAAACAAAAUGCAGGAGCCAUAUUUAAUGAUCUUAAGCUGGCUUUUGUUGUUAAGGAAAUCGGAAAGUUGGGACCACUCAGGAGAGAUUUUUCAUCCCAGAUAGUUUUUCCUACAACUUCUGUAAUUAAGUUUACCACCUAUAUUCUGGAUUUUGUGUUUCCAAGAUGUUACCCCUGAGGUUGUGUGUCCUUCUUGGCUCCAGCCUGAGGUCUGCAUACUUUUUCUGUAAAGGGCCAGAUGGUAAAGAUUUUAGGCUUUGCAGUCUCCGUUUCCGCUCCUCAGCUCUGUUGCAGUAAAUUCAGAACCGAGUGAGCAGCAGUUUUAAAUACUCUGAGCUGUGGAAAUCAUGAAUGACUUUUACUGUCGAAUUGCUCUUCGUGGUGGGGAUUACAGUGUUUAAGAAUAAUUUAUUUCCCUGUAGAUUUCUUUUCAAGGGUUAUCUAAAUCUGUUACACCCAGGGGAGAGUUUUACACACAUGACUAUAGCCUCUCCUUUGUGUAUCCUAAUGGAAAAAUGUUCGGGAGCCCCUGCACUAGGCCAGAUGCUGAGAUGUGUAUACUUUGCUGUAUAUAAUUGUAUAUAAGUGUAUAUCCUUGUUCUCUAAACAGAAUUGGUUAUGUUUAGUGAACAGCUGGAUUAAUCUCAGUGUGUUUGUAUAUAUAUUUGUACAUACAUACAUGAUAAGAUAUACAUAAAUCUCUAUAUUUACAUGCCAUACCCAUGUGAAGGUCUUUGUCAGGAUUGUUCCUGUUUCUGAUCUCUUGAACAGUGUAAAACCCAAGAGAUAAAAAACAUUGUGCAGAUUGCAGGCAAAACUACCCUUUAGUUUAUAGGAAUUUAGUUUGUAGAAAGGAUUCCUUUUUUUCAGCCUUGCCUCCACCACUCAACAUUCUAUGAAUUGUUAAAAAUAUAUAACGUAUCAUUGUUGAGUUUGACUUUUCUAUACGUUUAGUUAAGAAACUAAAGCUAAUGUUAACGGAGUAAAUGGCAUGUUGAUACAGCCUGUACCUGAUUUGUAUUUAGAUUCCCUAUUCAGGUAUUUAGUUUCAAGUUGGACUUCUUUGUUUUUAUACUUAACAAACGACUUGAGUAGAAGUUCCUUGUCACAAAGUAGAGGCUAUGCUAAUGUGAUUUUAAGUAUGUCUGGAGACUGAAAAUUGAAGUGAUUCCUCAGGCUCUUUGAGAUUUUUCAUGUAAAAUACACUGAUGCUGGAUUGUUUUCAGUUCUCCCCCUCCCCCCCCCCCCCAGGAUAUUUGCCAUUAGGCAAAUAGCUGUUAAGGUCCGUUCUUCUGCAGGGUAAGCGAUUCCCUAGGGUCAUGGGGUGCAGCGGGUGUUGUGGCAUUCACCCGGGUCACUGGAGUAGUUACCGUUUCAUCACAUACGAUGUCCUGCCAUCUGGAAGAGUGAGUGCAGCUUCCCCACUUGCCUUAUUCCCACAGACAUGCUGACAUGCUGGAAUAGUCUGGCUCCAGGAGUAUUCAUAUACUUUUUUGAGACUGUCUACAAAUACUAUUUUGUAAAAAACUAUGCCUUUAAAUAGACACCGAUGGGUUAUAUUUGUUUUAUAAUAAUUGUGUACCUAAUGUUCAAUUGUUAUUGAUUUUGAGAUUUAUGUAUAUUUAUAAGCCUGUCCUAUGUGAAUUUUUACUCCAAGACGUGAAACCUUACUAAUAAAGACAUGGAUUUCUAUUUAUGUAAAGUAAUUGUAGCAAUAUUCCUAGAUGCUACCUAAAUGAUUAUUCUGUCCAUUUGCCAUCUCAAAUACUUUCACCUUUGAGAAUUAUGUCACAGUUAGGAUACAUUAGCCAGAUUUAAACUUUAAACUAUAAAUUCUCAACAUGGUUUGAAAUUCUUCCUGUUGAUGUAAUUAAAGUUAGUUUGUAAUUCCGUA